AUGGCUUCAACGGCAGUAUUCCCCACCAUUUUCGUUCUUUUCCUCACCGUCUCCAUCAUUUUCCUCCCUCAUGCAUUGGCCGCCGGGAAUGACCCUAACAAAAAAGCUGCACCACCGCCUGCGCAAUCUUUGUCGCCUCAAUCUUAUUUAGGGCAGAUUCCAUGGUAUCCCGGAACACCAACCAACAAUGCUGCCCGAGGAUGGCCUCAAAGUCCUCCCCCACCGCGCAGUUCACCGGGAGGCCAAGGUACACCGCCGCCUGCGCAAUCUUCGCUGCCUUCAUUCCCUUUAGAACAGAUUCCGCCGACCGAGCUACCUUGCAUUCCACCGGGAGGUCAAGCUUCGCCAACUCCAGGAGUAGUACAACAGGCACGCAACUCUACUGGUAAUCAAUCACGGGCCGGACAACAACCUGUGGAUUCUAACCGGUGCCCUAAUCCCGGUGCUUCUCAAUUUUAUGCUUCUAAUAUGGGAUCAUGGAAGGAUGGAAGCAAACCCUUUUAGGUGCAGUAAUCAAGGCCUACAUAUCCGUUCUCUAACGAAGAUCCUCAUUCUUCGUUUGAUGCAACUCGGCAUAUGGCUACUAUAUACGGUAACAAUGUUUGGCGCAUGUUAAUUCUCAAGUCGAUCAUGUCCUUGUUAUAUAGAAAUAAAUAUAAAUGUAUCUCAUGUACUGCACCUUCUCCUUGGCUUUGGAAAGCAUGCACGUUGAGUCUGUCGGUUCCUGUACUUGUAAUAAA